GUUGUUUGUGUCAUAAUGACCUUUGACCUUGAGUGUGUUUGCUCUCAUGUCUCUACAGCUCAGAAUGUGACGGUUGAGGAGAUCCUGAACGCCUACAGACACGCCUGCCAGAAACUCAACUGUAAACCCAUCCCUAAAGUGCUCAAGCAGAUUCAGGAGUUGACAGAGCUGACUCAGCGAAACGACUGCCUGGAUCUGAAAGGAGAGAAGUUGGACUACCGGGCUUGUGAGUCUCUGGAGGAGAUUUUAAAGCGAGUUCAGUUUAAAGUUGUGGAUCUGGAACAGACGAAUCUGGAUGAAGAUGGAGCAUCGGCAUUAUUCGAUAUGAUCGAGUAUUAUGAGUCUGCCACUCACCUCAACAUUUCCUUCAACAAGCACAUCGGCACCAGAGGCUGGCAGGCCGCCGCCCACAUGAUGAGGAAGACAAGUUCUCUGCAGUACCUGGAUGCAAGGAGCACUCCACUGCUGGAUCAUUCGGCUCCGUUCGUGGCUCGUGCUCUGAGGAUCAGCGGCAGUCUGACGGUUCUGCACCUCGAGAACGCCGGACUGUCUGGACGUCCACUAAUGCUGCUGGCUACAGCUCUGAAGAUGAAUAUGAACCUGCGUGAACUUUACCUGGCUGAUAAUAAGCUGAACGGUCUGCAGGACUCGGCACAGCUGGGAAACCUGCUCAAAUUUAACUACAACAUCCACAUCCUGGACCUGAGGAACAACCACAUCCUGGACUCAGGUUUGGCGUAUAUCUCUGAGGGUCUGAAGGAACAGAGGAAAGGUCUGGUCACUCUGGUGCUCUGGAACAACCAGCUCACACACAACGGCAUGGGCUACCUCGCUUCUGCACUGCCAUGUACUCAGAGUUUGGAGACUCUGAAUCUUGGACACAAUGCGGUAGGGAACGAGGGAGUGCUGAAGCUGAAGGAUGGACUGAUAGCGAAUCGUUCUCUCCUGCGCCUCGGCCUCGCCUCCACCAAACUGUCAUGUGAAGGUGCCGUGGCCGUGGCCGAGUUUUUUGCCGAGAGUCCACGACUGCUGCGCCUGGACCUGCGGGAGAACGAGAUAAAGACCGGAGGACUGAUGGCUCUGUCACUCGCUCUGAAGGUCAACACCUCACUGCUCCGCCUCGACCUGGACCGAGAACCCAAGAAAGAGACGGUGAAGAGCUUUAUUGAGACACAGCGCACCCUGCUGACUGAAAUCCAGAAUGGCUGCAAGCGUAACUUCAUACUUGCUAAAGAGAAGGAGGAAUCUCAGCAGCAGAUGAGGCAGUCUGUGUCCAUGGCUGAAAUCGCCACUGAAGACCCACCUCCUGAGGAAGAGGAGGACGGCAGAGAUCAGGUCUCAGAGGACGAGAAGACCAAACAUGAGGAGGAUGAGCAGGAAGAGGAGGAGAGCGAGAAGCCGAGCGAAGUUCGAGAGGAUGAAGAACAAACAUCAGUCACUCAGGACGUCUCGGAUUCUGAUACCGACACCGACGAUGAUGAGAACGAAGAUGCCACAGGGACGCGAGCGGCUGCACAGACAACAGCCCUGACACGAACCCCGCCCCCUGUAAACACCACCCUUAGUGCCUGUAAGACUCUGCCCAUUCACAUACCUAGCUCCACCCCUGAGACAGCAAGCAUGAUGUCAGGGGUCAGAGUGACGGAAGCGAGCGUGUCGAGCGGAACACCGUCUUCACCUGGACGCUGCUUCUCUGUGUCCAGCCCAGGCAGAGGACACAAGAUCUUCAUGGUGACGCGUGUGGAAAGUCCUCCUGAACAACAGCAGCAGCAGCGUGACCUACUGAAGCAUGUCCAGGAGAAUAAAACACCUUCUGAGUCAUCGUCAAAACAGCAGCCAGUCUCUCAGGACCAGCAGAGUGCAGAGAGGACCACUUCAGCUCAGGAGACAUCCAAAGAACCUUCACGAGUAUCAGCAGAGUCUAAACCAGGAGAAUCAGAACUAUCACUGAGCACCACAGAGGAACAACCUUCCACACACGGCCAAACACAGCAGGAACUGAAUCUCAGCUCGGAACUGGACAAGGAAACAACGAGAGAGGAGACUGUGCAAACUGAGCAUGCUCAGAUCCAUCACAGCACCCCUGCAGAGGAACUGUUCCAGGAUCAGCAGAAACAUGCUGAAGAACCUCGGAGCAGAGAUCCCUCUGGAGAUCUACAGGAGGAAUUCACAGAACAUCUAGACACACUAUCACCAAACAAUGACCAACAGCUGGAUAAAGACGCAUUGCUGGAACAGGAUCUGGAAACAGUAAACAGCUUUUCUUCAGCAAACCAAGUGGAGAGUCUCGACACAGCGCCACCUCCAGGCACCACGCUGCCCAACGGCCUGAAGCCUGAGUUCACGCUGCACCUGCUGGAGCCAGAGGCACAUAAAGCGGCCUACUGCGUGAUGGAGCACAUGAGUGUGACGGCGGAGCUGAGCUGUGGUCAGGAUCUGGAGGAGCUUCUGCUGGACGCCAGUUUGGACACGAGCAGAGACUCACCUUAGUGCUGCAGUGACGACUGAACCAUGUGCAGAGAUGGCGGGGGGGGGGUCUGUGGGCGUGGCUGAGAGCAUGGCUGAGCCCAGAGUCUUGCUCUCGUCCUUCCACGACUCCUGACCCCCCGAACCCAAGCUCGUCUUACAGAUGAUUUAAACUCAUUAAACCGUUAAGAACAGCUGGAUCACUGAUGGUCACUCACUCAUGAGACAUCAUCACAAAUCACCAAAUCUUCAAAAAUCUUCACCACACAACCAAACACGACACUUUCUCUUUCUUUAACUGACUCUGAUGAGCGGAAAAUAUCACGCUGUUAUCUUUCCCUGCAUUCCUCCUGAUGAUUCAGUAACAACCCGGGGCCUGGCACAAACCAAAGACACACACACACACACACACAUGUGCCACUCUGCUCACUGCUGCCCCCAUGUGGACAAUCAACAUCACUGCAGCAGGAGGGCUGAGUCACUGAGUCUGAAUCUGACUGAAUACAAACACAUAAAUGGUGUGUGUGUGUGUGUGUGUGUGUGUGUGUGAGAGAGAGAGAGAGCAUUCUGACUGUCAUGUUUUUUUGUUUUUGUUCUUUAAGGUUCUGUGCUCAGGAACUGUUCUCUGAGCUAAUCUCUGUGUGUGUGUGUGUGUGAUCAUGAUCAUGAACAUCAUGUUCUAAUGGAAACCCAAGUGAAUGUUCCAAAUCUGGGAUUUGAGGAGUUUCUUCCGCUUUGGCUGAUUUUUUUUUUUUUCCAGAAUUUUCCGGAUCUUUCCUGGUCACUGGUGUUCCUCUCCUACAGGAAUGACACUAAAGCUCUGAGACAGAGCAGUGUGUGUGUGUGUCGCUCUUCCCGUGUCUCUUCCUGCCUUUGGGCUUCAUCGCUUCGCCUUUAACCGUCGUCUUUAUUUUUGCUGCUUUCAGAAAUCAUUUAUUUUUUAUUUAUUUUAUUAAAUGGAGUUUUUUUUUCUCCGAGUGAUUGAUCUUCCUCUCUUUUCCCCGGUCUCUCUUUUAUUAGUUGUUACUGAGGGAUUUGGUUUUUAAAGAGUUUUCUCCCGUAUUGGUGUAUAUUUUCAGAUUAUAUAAAGAGCAAUUAUACUUUUUUUAGGGUUAGGGAGAUAUUUUGGGAGUUAUGUUGAUUCUGUAUGUAUAAAAUCGGGAAGGGAAAGUAAACACUGUUUUGGGGAGAAGAGAGGAGUAGAGUGAGGAGGAAAGAUUGCAGAAAGAAUAAAUCCAACACUAUUGUACUGUGUAGUGACACUACAGCUGCAGCCAGCAGGGGGAGCCAGAGAGAGAGACACACACACACACACACACACACACCCCAUAAUGUACAUCACUGAUGAUGUAGUUUUUAAUUUAUUCCAGUCUCUGGCCUCUGAUUGGCUCUCAGCUUUUAGCACUUUGCUGAACCAUAGGCAGGUUGAUCUGCACAUCCACAUCAUCACUCUCUCUCUCUCUCUCUCUCUCUCUCUCUCUGUGCCUCGCCUCCAACCAUCCAACGUUUAUAAAACUUUCAUUUUUAAA